GCUCGCGGAGGUAGAGUGCCUCCUGGGAAGAGGAGCAAGCAGAAAGUAGCACGGCCGCGUGGUAGAUCAAUUACGGUCAGAGCGCGGCCCGGGAGUGACAGACGGACAGGAGACAGAAUAGGCGAACGAAGAGCGGGGGGCCUUGGCUUACUCUCGAGGUCGUCAGGGAGGUCGCUCUUCGACCCGGCCGAGGGAUGUAUCAGGAUGUCAAAAGAAGACUGCCGUACGAUUGGAGCGAUAUUGUUGAUGCUUUCACUUACCGGACGGUUGCUAGCACCAUCCGCAUAUACUUUGUUAAGUGCAUGUUCGCGACGUACGCCUCUAUUUCAAUGCUAACCAACGGUAUUCCGGCUUGACAGUCUCCUCCCGGCAAUCGCCUGUACACUCGACGUGCGCCGUCGGACUGGAGAGUUCUUUGGCAUUAAUGAGGCGUUAUUUUCUUCCGCCCUCACGGCCGUUGUCCUCAGCAUU